GUUGCUGGCGCUCGUCGCUGCGCUCAGGGCCCCACGCGGCGGAGAAGCCGCCCCGCCACCGCCACCGCCCGCCACCGCCACCGACGAACGGCCCCACCUCCUCCCUGAACGCGCAGCAGGCCGCGCCCCCGGCCCGCGCCUCCGGGGAAGUACCGGCGCUCGCCGAGUUCUCGCUGGCGGAGCUCCGCGCGGCCACUGCCGGGUUCGCGCCGGGGAACAUCGUCUCCGAGAGCGGCGAGAAGGCGCCCAACCUCGUCUACAGAGGCCAGCUCAGGGGCCCCGGCGGCGCCCCGCCGCGCGCAGUUGCCGUGAAGAAGUUCGCCAAGCUCGCGUGGCCCGACCCCAAGCAGUUCGCGGAGGAGGCGAAGGGGGUCGGAGGCCUGCGGCACCGGAGCAUGGCGAACCUUAUCGGUUAUUGCUGCGACGGCGACGAUCGCCUGCUCGUCGCCGAGUUCAUGCCCAACGACACCCUCGCCAAGCACCUUUUCCACUGUGAGCCCCUCUCGUGCUCUGCAGUUCGUUGCCUGUAUGUACCAUUUGAUCAUGUUCCAAAGAUCGGCACUCGCUGCUAUGCUAAUGCAGUGCAAUUCUGGUAAAUGGGGAAUAACUGAGAUAAUUGACAGGAGACACGCGAGAUGUUCUGCUUUGAUUACAACACUAACUCACGUUUUCUGUGCGAUAUGUUCUGAUUCUGUUUAUUACAUCAGUUCAAAGGGAAAACUAUAUUGAAACUCGUGAGUUUAUUAUUCGGAGUUUGAUCGCUUGUUUUGUCUUCAGCAACAUGACGAAUACUGAAUGUAUUUACCUCAUGGUUUUACUUUAACAUAAAUGAACAAGCAAAUAAUUGGAAGCAACGAUUGGCUUCUUCUGAUUUAUUGGCCACUGUGGUUUUGCUCACGUGCAGGGGAAAACCAGACUAUUGAGUGGGCUAUGCGUCUGAGAGUUGCAUACUACAUUUCCCAAGCAUUGGAAUACUGUAGUACCAAGGGGUGGCCUUUAUAUCAUGACCUAAAUGCAUACAGGGUCCUCUUUGAUGAGAAUGGUGACCCUCGGCUGUCAUGCUUUGGUCUGAUGAAAAACAGCAGGGAUGGAAAAAGCUAUAGCACGAACCUAGCAUAUACACCUCCAGAAUAUCUGAGAAAUGGCAGGGUUACUCCAGAAAGUGUCAUUUUCAGUUUUGGCACUGUACUUCUUGACCUUCUCAGUGGGAAACGCAUACCGCCUUCACAUGCGCUUGAUAUCAUGAGAGGCAGAAACAUCCAAGCAGUUAUGGAUUCACAUUUGGAGGGAAACUACUCAAUUGAGGUGGCUACUACAUUGGUGAAUCUUGCUUCUCAGUGUCUACAAUAUGAGCCAAGAGAUCGUCCUGACAUAAAAAAGUUGGUUUCCAUUCUGGAGCCUUUGCAGAAAAAAAUAGAGGUACCGUCCUAUGUGAUGCUUGGAAUUGCAAAGCCAGUGGAAGAACCACAGGCACCUCCUACUCCACAGCGCCCUCUUUCUCCCAUGGGAGAAGCUUGUUCCAGAAUGGACCUUACUGCCAUCUAUCAGAUCCUAUUCACAACGCAUUACCGAGAUGAUGAAGGGAGCAAUGAGCUGUCUUUUCAAGAAUGGACACAGCAGAUGAGGGAUAUGCUGGAUGCAAGGAAACGUGGCGACUCUGCCUUCAAAGACAAAGAUUUUAAGGCAGCAAUCGAUUGCUAUACUCAGUUUGUCGAUGUGGGGAUAAUGGUGUCACCGACUGUAUUCGCCAGACGAAGCUUGUGCUACCUUAUGUGUGACCAACCUGAUGCGGCCCUCCGUGAUGCAAUGCAAGCGCAGAUCGUCUACCCUGAUUGGCCAACAGCAUUCUACAUGCAGGCAGUUGCACUAUCCAAGCUAAACAUGCAGAGUGACGCCGUGGACAUGCUGAACGAGGCAUCACAGCUAGAAGAGAAGAGGCAAAAGAGCACAAGAGUUCCUUGAAUGGCAUUGCCAGCUCAGAGAAGUGGCACGUCUUCUAUACAUAUAACAUAGAUUGCACACUAUGUAGUACAGUAGUAUAUUCUCCAACCUUUCCCACCCUGUAAAAAGCGCAUAGUAUAUUGCGUGGUCUAGAAUUAGAAGUAAGGAGAAGUGAACUGCAGAGAAGAUGCUCUUUGCUCCC